UGAGAGUGCGCUGUGGUCACACUGCCUAGCAAAAUCGUUGUGAAUCAUUGUUUUAUUUUCCCCUAAAACCAGAAAGUAUUUGAGCCCAAAUCAGGAUGCAGGAUCAAAAUCCCGAGCUGUACGAAGAGGUAAAGCUCUUCCGGAAUGCCCGGGAACGCGAGAAGUACGACAACAUGGCCGAUCUGUACGCAAUCACAAACACCAUCCAGCACUUGGAGAAGGCUUAUCUUCGGGAUUGCAUUACGCCGCAGGAAUACACGGCCGCCUGCUCCAAAUAUCUGGUCCAGUACAAAGUGGCGUUCAAGCAAGUGCAGUGUGACGAGUUUCCCACGGUGGAGACGUUCGUCAAGAAAUUCCGGCUGGACUGCCCGGCGGCGCUGGAGCGGAUUCGUGAAGACCGACCAAUAACAAUUCGCGACGACAAGGGCAACACCUCGAAGUGCAUCGCAGAAAUCGUGUCGCUGUUCAUCACCGUUAUGGAUAAACUGCGCCUGCAGAUCAACACCAUGGAUGCCCUGCAGCCGGAUGUCAAGGACCUGGCAGACAACAUGAACCGCCUGUCCCUCAUUCCCGAGGACUUUGACGCCAAGCUGAAGGUGGAGAAGUGGCUUAGCAGCCUUAACGAGAUGCAGGCCUCCGACGAGCUGACCGAGAGCCAGGUGCGCCAGUUCCUGUUCGACCUGGAGUCCGCGUACGCCGACUUCAACAAACUACUCCACAGCCAGUAGCCGAUAUUUUCUCAUUGUUUACGUGUAUCUUUAAAUCUAAAUAGCAUAUUCCGAAUUAAACAAGUUUUAUAUAUACUCAAAAGAUAACUACAAAA